AUGGAAUUGAGGGAAUACGAUGGCCGCCGUUACGAGUACAGCGCGGCGCAAUCUCCACCCACAGACUGGCAGCCCAGCAGUCCCUCCAUCGCCAGGAAACCGGUAGGCGCAAUGAGGGAGACGCCGCCCUUGGGAUCUCCAGAUUAUGCCUCUCAAUCCUUUUCGAACCGCGUCGCCCAGGGCCCUUAUUUUCCUCGUCAGAUUGACCCGAAUGUCGAUACAGCUUACUAUGGCUCGCCCACGCCGUUGGGCAUCUGGGAGCCCACCCAGCCAGCGCCCCAAGUUGGACCUGGCCAACAACCACAGCAACAACAACAACCACCACAGAUGAGGCCACAGAAUUACCGAUACGACAGCGAAGCAUCUCUUCUUAGCCCUUACCAUUUUGAGGGUAUCCCAAGGCAAAGCCCGCCCGAUACUCCAGGUCCCCCGCGCCAGUCGCGAGGCAGGAGAUGCUUCAAUUGGUGGUUGAUGGAAUGGAAGCCAUCAUGGAGCAUGUAUUUUCUCGUCUUCUCUGGCAUCGCCUUUGCCAUGGGACACCACUUUUUCUACAAGGGCCUCCACGGAAAAGUCGCAAAAGAUCAGCAAGGAAUGUUUCGUUAUGGAGCCCUCCUCGCCUUUCUCUCCAAAGCGUGCUUUCUGAAUGCAGUGGUGCUCGCAUUUCGACAGCGCGUCCUAAUGAUGAUUCGUCGCAAAAUGCUUUCCCUUGCGACACUCGACUCACUUUUUGCGGCUUCCGAGGACCUGACGGCCCUGCUCAACUGGGAGGCUUGGGUGAAUGCCAAGUUUGCCAUGGGUUUGACAAUCUUCAUCUGGAUGUCGCCACUUAUCGUCAUCCUGGCGUCGUACACGCUGACGGUUAUGCCCCAGAGGGUGCAGGAGACAACAAAGUGCCCCGAGAUCCGGACACUCAACUUUUCGCACGAACAGGUCCCCAACUGGUGGAGUCCGAUCCGAGAAAAAGGGCUGAUCGAGUUGUCUGUUUCUUUGUGGAACACGACCACUCCAGGACAAAACAUCGAGUUGGACCCUAACGGGUAUGACUAUUGGACAAAGGCCAGCCAGCAGUUCAGGUCAAUCGCUCUCAAGACUGCAUAUACUCAGCAAGCGGUCAUGCGGAAGGAUGCGCCUAUACAGAUUUGCGGUCGAGGAUGGAAUUGCAGCUAUGUCAUCGAGUUUGAGGCCCCUGGAUACAGAUGCCAGUCGCUGGCCUCCGGGGUGGGCGACACGGUCAAGAAGCUGGGGGAUGCGGAAUGCCCUUUUGACACGGAUGAUCUUUUACCACGAGGAAACUUUUCUUACAUUGCCAACACCUACGAGGGGGACUACGGGAACCCACAAAUCGACGGAGGGCCUGGGGGAAGACCCAAAGCGAGCAUGAAGCGUCCAUACCCCAAGAACCUGGGUGCUCUCCGGACGGAACCCAUCCUGUGGUUUGGCUUCGCCGAUGUCCAAGAUAGAUCCAAGGUGCAGCCCGCGAACAGGACCGUCAAGGGUUGGAAUUCUGCAUACACACCCACCAUUUUCGGAUGCGAGCACUACGAGACCAAGUACACUGUGCAGGUCAACCAUACCGGCGGCACCCAAACGCACAAGGUCAAGAAGCGCGAGUUUCUCCGAAAGGUGGUCGAUACAACUUACGUGCCCGACAAGAAGGACCCGGACAGGAGGCUGAAGGAUCGGAUUGUGGCUGUUCCCGAGGAAAACUACAUCAUGCCACAAAACGUCAGCAUAUAUCGACAAAAGAUGGCAUACCACGCAGUAGGCAGCCUGUUGCGCGAGCUCGUCAACGGGACCAUCACGAUGCCGUUCUACAUCGUAGAGACCAUGGCGAUCGAGACGCGGCUGAUCGACAGACUCAAUUAUCUACCCAUCGCGAACUUCCAAGACGAGCUGCAGGACUUUUACGAGGAGAUUCUCAUGUCCUUCUUUUCGGAUCCGCAGUUUAUCGUCGUGUCGUGGGCAAGCGAUCCUUCGAAAUGGUCAGGAUCGGCCGAGGGCGGUAACAAAACCGACUAUGACUGCGUGCGAUUCCAGCUCAGAAACUGCUAUUUCUACAAUUAUGCACAGCUCUGGGCCGUUUACGCGAUAUCUAUGGGCAUCACUGUCGUUGCCGUUGCGUCGGGGGUGGCGGCGAUGGAGGAGGACUCGUUGAUGCGCAGUCUAAGCUUUUCGGCCAUCCUCGCUGCGACCAGAGGAAGCAGUCUCGACAAGCUACGAUGGGAAAAGGGCGCAGAGAUAAAGAACAGCAAGAUUGGGUUUGGCCUUGUAUCGGGUGAAACUGGAGAGAGGGCGUAUUCCUUUGGAGUGGAAGGAGAUGUGAGCCAGGAGAAGACGGCGAGGUCAACAUCGCGGUCGCCGGCAAUAUCAGUCAGGGACUGGGGAGAUAGGGCAGCUCGGAGGGUGAGCUAUGCCAUGUUGAAUAGGAGGGAUCGAGAAGGAUCUUGA